AUUACACAUAAUCGUAGGAAAAGUCUGUUUUGGUGAUAAAACAAAGCAAUAUUUGUUAUUUGACUUAUGUGGGCGAUGAUACACAAAGUUUUAAUACACGUUUGGUUAUAUGAAUACUUAUCAAAACAAUGAAUCCAUAUAAAGACGUGGAAGACAGUUCCUUUACUUCUUCACCACAUCUCGCUUAUGAAGAUAUCGCAACUAAAUUAUUGAAAGACCAUUACUUUCUAACAGCUUUAGAGCUUCAUACUGAGUUAGUUGAAAGCGGUAAAGAGCUUCCGCAAUUAAGAGAAUUCUUUUCAAAUCCAGGCAACUUUGAACAACAUGUAUCUAGACCAUCUGAUAUUGGGUCUAUGCACCGAACGCCUAGCCAAGCCACUUUAGAUUCACUGGACACAGCCAGGUACUCAGAAGAUGGUGGUGGUGACAGAGGUGGUAGUGGAGGAGAUGUGGCUGUGUUAGAAUUUGAACUAAGGAAAGCUAGAGAAACAAUAAAUGCUUUACGAGCUAAUCUUACACAGUUUGCAGAUGGUGAGUCUGCAUUGGAUAAGAUAACACAGGAUAAUUUUGAUAAGAGAUCAUUGAAGCCACAUGAAAAAAGAGCAUUAAAUUUCCUUAUCAAUGAAUAUUUGUUGCUACAGAAUUAUAAACUUACAUCCAUUACAUUUUCUGAUGAAAACCCUGAUCAGGAAUUUGAAGAUUGGGAUGAUGUUGGUCUGAACAUGCCGCGACCAGCUGGUUUGAUAUCAUUAUUUAGAGGCAAUAAAAGAGUAUUGAGCACUUCAACAAAUGAUGCAGUCACACAAACUGACACUAAACAAACAUUUGACAUACUUUGCCAAACGGAAUGUGAGGAAGAAAAUGUAUGUGUCAGUUGUCAGACUUCAUUAGAUAAUGACGCAGAUUGGAACCAUGAGAUAUUAAUACAAGCUGAAGAAAUAGAAUUAUUAAAACAAAAAAUAAUUGCAUUGGAGACAGAAAAAUUGAACUUCCAAAAGUUGUAUGACGCGGCAAUAGUCAGUUUAAAUUCCCUAACAAGUCCUACAUCGGAGAGUAAAGGUCUAGAUCUACAAAUACCUGGAGAUAAAUUGUCAACAACAGGACAGAUAAUACAGCAAUCUUUAGAUGCUAAACCUCUAACUUGUACAGCCACUGAAAAUCAUUAUGGCAGCGGAAAUUCAACAAACAGUGCAACACCCGAUCAGUUUGAAAUGAUUGACAGCGAGAAAAAUUGUGGAAUUAAAAAAGAAGGGUCUAACACAAGCUCAUUUGAGCCUGCGAUGUUGGGGGAGAGCGCCGGAGGGUCCCCGGUACGCAGGGGUAGUGUUACCACACUUGACGAAACUUUGAGCAUUAACGACGCUGGUGACUGGACCCGCGUUCAAUACGAAUACACCACCAUUGAGAAUAACACCAAGGAAAUGUGGAUAGACAGUGGGAUACCAACUGGUGUGAAAGAGCCUAUUCUGAACUUGUGCUCUGAAGCAUUGAAUCUCAACGAGCCACUAACCAAUGACCUGUUGGCAGAGCUCGUCAACAGUGACAAACCCAUCACAUUACCUGGACUAUUGUUGUUAGUGGCUGACACAUUGCCAAGGAUAGUGCCGCACACGCUGGUGUCGCGGCGGAGCGAGGCGGCGGCGCUGCUGGCGGCGGGCGCGGCGCUGCUCUCUGCGGCGGAGGCGCGGCGUGCCCGUCUGCUGCACACGCUGCUCACUCUGCUCAAGAAACCUGAACCUAACGACGCAAGGAUCAUAUGCGAAGCCGUCUGUCUUGUGGUGAAAUGGGGCGGGGCUGCGGAAGUCUUAUCAUCCGUUGCAGAAUUAUUAGCCUCAAGGUCAUCAGAGCGUAGGAUAUUAGCUAGUCAGAUAUGUCUGGCUAUAGCUCCUUAUGUACCUGUAGAGUUAUGUACUUCGUUACUACUAAGUCUUGUGGCACUUAUGUGCGAGUCCAGUGAACCAGAAGUACGUAGUCUUGGUUUGAAAUCUGCGUGUCUUGUUUGUGUGGUCGCGGAUCAUAAAUAUAAUCAGUUGGAGAAUCUCAUGUUUAGCUUUUUAAAAGACCCAGUGGAAAAGAAUGUUAAGGAUACAAUCAAUGUGUUCGUACCGACGUUAGCGAGGAGCGCUUUGAUGGCUGGUAAAUUCUCAUCAGAUCUAUGCAAUCGUGUUAUGACAAGUUUAAUAAAAUCUACUUCUGAUAAUGAAUGGAAGAGUGUUAUAUUAAAUUUAGAAGUGAUCAAAAGUCUAGUACAGGCGAAGCUGGCUUACGUGAUAAAUGUACAAAUAGUUAGGGAUGUGAACUUAAGUAACUGUGAUAUGAAGACAAUUAACUUACAAGAUGUGCCGUUGGGGUCUGAAGAGAAGUUUCUUGAUGUACAGUGUUAUAUAAGUGACAGUGUGGACGCAAAGAUGUUGUUGUUAGCUAUGAACAGUUUAAUUAAAGAUCCUUCGGUUAGAUGGACGGAGCUUGACUGGUUUAAUGAUUGGAUAAGAAAAUUGUUAGAAAUAAUAGGCAAUUGCAAAGUAUCAAAUCAUCCGAUGGUUUAUGAGCUUUUGAUUACAUUAUUUAAUACUUACAUAGAUAAUUUCGGAUAUCACUUCGCUUGUAACAUAAUGAAGCCUAUAUUUAUUGACAUUUUAAAUGAAUUAGAGCAAAAAAUGGAAAAAUUGGAUACAAUCAGUUUGGAGAGUACUGUUGUUGUUGGGAUAUAUUUAGCUUCAAUUUUACUAGCGGUUGAAGAGGGACCUUCACAAGCUGAGUUUUUACAAAAAUGGAUUGUGUAUAGCAGUGUACGCGGACUUCCUGCAAAGAUAUUUUCUAUGCCGUUCAAAUGGCUGGCAACACAUCGCCCUGAAGUUCUCAGCUUUUUCUGGCAACAUUUAAGGGAGUUCUGUGCGAGCAGCUGUGAGAACGCGAGCGGUGCGGGUAUCCGCGCGCACAUCGCCGCACUCCUCACCGACAUGGUGAAUGUGGCGGACGUCACCGAGGAGUGCAUGGAGCGCCAGCUGCUGCCUGCACUCAUCGCGCUACUCUAUGAUGAUGAUAUUUGUGUGCGCGAGGCGGCGCUGAGCUCGUGGGGCAGCAUGACGCGGUGCUGCGUGGUGCGCGGGCUGGCGUGCGGCGCGCACUGCUGGCCCCCGAUGGAGCAGUGGCUGGGGGGGCGCACGCUCUCGCACAGGGAGGCGGCGCGUCUCGCUGAAUCCCUGGCGCUCCUCGUGCUGCCCACUGUUGACGACCGCGCUGUCUCCGAACAAGCGGUGUCAUUGCUGUGCGCGUUAUGCCACCAUCCGACGCUGUCAGCGGAGUGGGUGUCAUCGCUGACCCCGGGCCUGCAGCUCGCGGUGCAUCACUGUCGACAGCAUCCAGCUAUAUUACCCGCACUCAGGAAACUAGAAGAAAGUGUACAAACAGGAGCGAUGUCGCAAUACAAAUCAUCAAUAGAGGCGUUACUGAACGCAGCAGGCAGUGACGUCAGCGUCAGCCCCCGCGACCUGCCGCGACCCACCACCAACCUGCAGGCCGCGCAGGAGGUCGGCAGGAGGGUCACGCAGAUCUUCCACCAAUCCAAAACUAAUAUCAAUCUGCAGAAUAUAUUCAAAAAGAAAACGUAACGCUACAUAAUAAUUUAAGCAUUUAUAUUCAUGGG